CUUCAAGUUGACCCUGUUUUCUGUGUCUUACAACAAGUGCUGAUAAACCACAGCAGAAAUUAUUUCCCUUGCCUUCUUCUUCCCAGCCCUUUUCCAUUGCUGCAGGAUGCCAGGAAGACCAGGUUCUUGUUUCCAGAAAUGCCUCAUUUGCCCAUUUGUCACUGGCCUUGCCUGUUUCUGAAGGGACUUUCUGAAAGGUUUUCUGACCCCUUUUGUCCCAAGUGCUGCACGGCCUCCUCCUCUGGAUAACCCUGGGAGUUGUGUUGCCUUGUUCUGGAGGGAAUGGUGGAACUGAUGAGUUCAGAAGCUGAACCAGCUGGGGGCCAGUGUUGUGGUUCCACAUUGAUCUGGGCUGUUGCUAAACUGCAUUUUUCACCUGCUUGCCAUCUAAGGCCUCUCCUUUCUCACAGGUGUUUCCUCCUUUAGACUGUGCAGAUUCCAAGGGCUGUGCAGCCUGGCAGGAAUGUCUCUCCAUCUGAUCCUGUCCUCACUGACAAGAGACCUGGAAACAAAACUCCACUCCAGGCUUUUCCAUGUGGGAAUUGAGCACUGCAGAUUGGUCUCCAUGCCAUUGUUUUCCUCUUCCAGCUUCCUUGUUGACAGAGAUCUCUGGCUGGUGAUGGAAUACAUGGAUGGAGGAACUUUGCAGGACGUUGUCAGACAGACAUGCAUGGCUGAAGGAGAGAUGGCAGCUGUCAGUCGGGAGUGUCUGAAGGGCCUGGAUUUCCUCCAUGGGAACCGGGUGAUCCACAGAGAUCUGAAGAGCUCCAACAUCCUUCUGGGAAUGGACGGCUCUGUCAAGCUGGCUGAUUUUGGCCUCUGCGCUCAGCUCAGCCCUGAGCAGGACCAGCGCAGCUCCAUGGUGGGCACUGCUCACUGGAUGGCCCCAGAAGUUGUCACCCGUUCUCCUUAUGGCCCCAAGGUGGACAUCUGGUCCUUUGGCAUUGUGACCAUCGAGAUGGUGGAAGGAGAACCUCCUUACUUCAAGGAAACGAGAGCCAUGGCCCGUGCUCUGAUCCAGCAGAACAGGACCCCGCAGCUGCAGGAGCCCUGGCGCCUGUCGGCUCUGCUGCGGGACUUCCUCGAGUGCAGCCUGGAGCCAGACGAGGAGCAGCGCUGGUCUGCCCAGGAGCUGCUGCAGCACCCAUUUUUAUCAUCAGCCAAGCCUCUCUCCAGCCUGACCCCUCUGAUCACUGCAGCAAAGCAACUGAGGGAGCAGCGGAGGAGAUGAAGCACUGGAGGACAGCUUUUAGUUACAGUAGUUAGUAAGGACAACUAGUUAGUUAUGGUAGUUAGCAGUGCUAGUUAUGGUUAUGGUAGUUAGGACAGCCUGUUUGUUAUGGCUCUUAUGACAGCCUGUUUGGUAUGGCAGUUUUUUGAAUAAAAACUCUCUUAAACCUCAA